GUGACAGAUUAUUCAAUAUGGCGUUUCGCUAACUCCAGGGAGAGGCACACAGUGAAUUCGGGCCGAAUGUGUCGUCCAAGACGACUCUAACUGCCGCCAACGCAGUUUUCCAGCAGCGAGCGGCCCCCGCGGCCGCCUCCGUUGUCUCCCCCUUGCUCGGAGGUGCCUCCGACCUUCGCUCUCUGCCCCCGCAAACCGCGGCGCCGCCUCCAGGUUCCAAUGGGCCUGAGGUGAGCCACUCGCUGCUCUCGCCCAAUUAAAAAAUCAGCCAGCAAUGCCGAGGAACAUGAGGUCCUUCAACGUCAGCGUUGUCGGGGUCUCCGGCACUGAGAAGGAAAAAGGCCAUUCUGGUGUGGGAAAAUCGUGUCUUUGCAACAGAUUUGUGCGGUCGGACGCAGACGAGUACAAUGUGGAGCACAUCUCGGUGCUUAGUCAGAUGGACUUCAGCUCCAGGGUGAUCAACAACGAUCACUUCCUCUACUGGGGCGAGGUCCUCAAAUGCUGUGAGGACGGAGAGUUCCUCUUCAAUGUAGUCGAGCAGACAGAGUUCAUCGACGAUGCGUCUUUUCAAGCUUUUAAGGGAGGUAAAAUGGAGCCAUACAUAAAGCGGUGCAGCGCUACCAAACUCACCUCGGCUGAGAAACUUAUGUACAUUUGCAAGAAUCAGCUUGGCAUUGAAAAGGAAUACGAGCAAAAGGUUCUGCCCGACGGCAGAUUCAGUGUCGACGGCUUUCUGUGCGUGCUAGACGUGUCCACUGUUCCCAGCCGGUCCAUCGAGAAACAGGUUGAGUUUGUGGCCGGCAUGUUGAACAACCUGUUGAAAACUAAGAAGCCGGUGGUGCUGGCGACAACGAAGAACGACGAGGCCAACGAGCUCUACGUUAAGGAAGCUGAAAGACUGGUGCAGAGGAAAGAGUUCAAAGGCGCGAUUCUCAUGAUCGAAACCUCCGCUCACGAGAACAUCAACGUUGACCAAGCGUUUGUUGCCCUGGCGCAGCUCAUUGACCGCACCAAAGGCAGACCUAAGAUCCUUGCGUUCGGCGAGGCAGCCCGUUCUCGAAAGGAGCAGUUGGACAUGGCGACCGAGGCGUUCCAGCGGCUGAUCAGGACGCAGGUGCAAGACUACCACUGCGUGUGGAGUCACACAAGCAAGAAGUUGUCUGGCCACCCUGAUUUCAUCCACUUUGUCGCCCUGCUCGGCAUGGACAGUGCUCAGAGACAGUUCCGCCGGCACGUGAAACGCCUCAAGGACGAGCAGCUCGCCGCCCGGCUCAACAACUACAUGGACAUGCUGCCGGAAAUCCUGCAGGAAAUGGUUCCAGACCUCAACACACUCCACGAUGGUGAUUGGCCUCUGGUGCAGCAGCACAUCAAAGAGCACCCUGACUUCAACCAGUACUUCUUCGAGUGUCCCGAGGACAUGUCGUGGAUGGAGCUGGACGAGACCCAGGACGAAAGUCGCAUUCCGUACGAUGUGUUGGACACGAUGGAGGCUGAGACUGUCUUUAAGAACCACUUGAACGCGCUGCAGCAGGAGCAGAAGAGAUUAGAGCUGCCUCGAAGGUGGCGAAAACAGUUCAAGCAACUGCUGGAGGAGACGGGCUACGUGACGCCUGGAAAAAUGCUUGCCGAGGUGCGCGUGCUCUUCAUGGGCCGGGAGUGUUUUGAGGCUCUCUCGGAGCAAGAUUGCCAGCAAAUCUACGACCAGCACCAGAAAGAGAUUAUCGACAAGGCGAAGCACAAUUUCCAGGAGCUUCUGCUUGAGCACGCCGAUCUGUUUUACCACUUUAAAAGUAUAGCGCCGUCCGGAACAAUCACGCAGGAUGACAUAAAAGACAUAACGGACGCGUUGCAAGAGGACUCGCGCUACAAGGCGCUCGACCGGCUCGACCAGGACCGCAAACUAAUGCUCUUCCAGCACCUUGGCUUUGUGCACUGCCCCAUUCGAGAGCACUGCCCCGCUUUCCCCAACUGCAUGGACGCGCUCAUCGAACGCAUCCUCGCCACAAAGGCUCACAGGCCAUCUUCCUGGAAUAGAAGUAGUCAGUGGCUGCUCAGUGCAGACAGCAACAAACUGAAUCUAGUGCUUCUCGGAAUCGAUGGACUAGCUGAAGAAUUAGCAACUGAAAUAAGAGCGCAGUGUGAAGACGACGAGUACGAGUUUGAUUGCCAGACAUACGGCUUGGACUACAGGAUAAUCGAUGGAGAUGUGUCGCUGCCGCAAAACUCGUUCCGCACUUCCGACUUCCUGCCUCACGGAGACCACUCAGAACAUGGCUGUUUUUGUGUUUACUCCAACCCCGAGUCUUUUGAGUAUGUCCGGGACAGUCUGGAGAAGACGCUGCUGUCCAACCUGGAGCAGGAGGACCGCCUGCCCUUCCAAGGCUUGCCCAUAGUCAUUCUCUUUUCCUGCGACGCCUCCGUCGACGAGAAAGAAGCGAUGCACCUCCGCGAGGAGGGCCAGUCCCUAGCUGACAGUUUGCAGUGUCCGUUCAUUGAUGUUUCCGUCGACGAGUCCGUGUCUGGCGGUGAUUGUCAGAGAUUUAACUCGGUGCUGAUCUCAGACGCCCUUCGACAGCUGGUCCAGUCUAUCCAGCACAGGGCAGGGUUCCUCAACAUCUAUCAGUCAGUAGUAGAGUACAGCGAACCAGAUAUCCGGAUAAUUUUGUGUGUUUUCUGCGGAGACCCGUACUCGGUGGAGCACGUUUUAAACCCAUUACUCAGUCACCAAUGCUGCUUCCUCUCUGGUGACAGAAGUAUCAUCCUGGAAACCUUUCUGGGCGACUCGAAGCGCAAGGUUGAAGUCAUAAUCUCGUCAUUCCACGGUGCAAACGCUUUUCGAGAGGAGCUCGUGCACGGCUUUGUCCUUGUCUAUUCGACCAAGCGAAAAGCCUCCCUCGCCACAUUAGACGCAUUUUCUGCCAACAUUCCAAACCUGCCUAUUCAAAUUCUGGCCGUGACCGAUUCGGGCGGCGCCAACGCAUUUUUUGGCAGCGACCUUAGCCACCAGCUCAUCACGGGCGGCAACAUCGUGGCGGACCGGCUCGGUGCACACUUCAUGACCUCGUCUGCUUCUUCCCAGCAAAAAACUGCAUUUUUCACGCCAUUCUUCAAAGAGGUUUGGGACAAGAAACCGGAAAUCGAGCAAGCAUUCAACAUGGAGGAACCGGGCCAGCUGGACGACUCAGGGGAAGGAACCCUGGAGCGCUCCUCGGGCAGGCACCACCCCCGUCCUCCGCCCCGCCAUGAAAGCUACCACAUCAAAGCUUCAAACUCUAAUGACGGGAGCGGCAGCGAGAUCUACGAGCGGCUGCCCACGGACGGUUCGAUGGGCGAUGAGCUCGACGACCAGCUGUCGCCAACCUACCCAGACGACCAGGGUCUCUCUGCCAGUGACGACUCUGAGUAUUCUGGCGUCGAACUGUACCACCAAGAAAAUGGGGAGCAUCACUUGGUCAAGCCUUCGGAGAUUAAAAAUCGGAGGAAACUGCAUCACGGUUUUGAGGUGUAUCCGCCCCCAACCACCCCUCCAGAGCCAGCCCCUCCCGACCACCCUCCGCAGCGCUCAAGACUGAGCAAGGCGUCAGCCUCGCUGCCCACGGGAUCUCACUCUAGCCUCGAGGAAAUCACAUCUGACAUAAGCGGCUCUCGGGAGUCGUUGGCAACUAGAGGUGACUCAGACAAGGAAGACAACGAACUGCUUUUCAACAGCUACGGCAUGCACGCGUUCACCACGGGAAGGCGGCAUUUGACUUCCAAGUCGACCCGUCCCAAGGGCAACAGCCAAACACUGAAGCAGCCUGGAAAGUUGAAUAUGGAAAAAUUUUCCAACUUGGAUGUCGCUUUGAAACGAAUGAACCCAGAAAGCGGCAAAGACGCCAGGGUGCGAGAGGCUCAGGCGAGAAGAAACGCCCCCCUGGCCAAGCCCGAGGACCUCGAUCAGGUGAAGGACGCCCUGCAGGGCGGCUUCCAGUACGACGGUGAGUUCAGCUACCUGCCCCAGGACACUCUGUCCGGCACCAACAAAACGCGGAUUCGCACUAGAAGGGACAAAGGACACCGACAAGCCUACACCGACUCGGACAGUGACUGGAGUAGCUUGGAGCGGCGCAAACUGGCCACCGAUCUGUACAACAGGGGCGGCGGCGGCGGGGGCGUCGGCGGCCAAGCGCGCAAGUCCACCCCGCACAAGCGCACCCGCAAGAAGAGGGCCGCCAUCCCCGUGGCCACCCCCAGGGUCCCGCCCUUCGGAGACGCGGCCGCCGCCAUGCUCAGCUACCGUUUCAAGGACGACAAAGUGAGUGAAUCGGGCUCGGACGAGAGCGAGGAGGAGCCGCGAGCCCUGCCCCCUCGGCCCCUAAAGCAUCCCCUGCGAAGACCAGUGCCGCCGCCGGUAAUUCCAAGGCACUUCGCCUACCACCACUCAGGAAAAUACAAAAUGGACGGAAAUUUCGGCGGUCCCGAAGAGGAAUCCAGCUUAGACGUCUCCUCGCCCAGGGAUGUCAAUUCGCCCAUGAGUUUGCUCUCUCUUCAGGACCACCAUCAGAUGUAUCAAGGGCUGCAGGGCUACGGCAUUCCCCCAGCAGACUAUGGAGUGGCGAAGAAGGAUGACAAGAACACGCGACGCAAGGAGAAGCAGAAGGCCAAGGAGGACGAGAAGCGGCGGCUGAAGGAGGAAAAGAAGCAGGAGAAGGACCGCAAAAAGGCGGUCAAGGCUGGCGCCAAAGUGCCUCUCAAGGGUCUGGCCGAGUUCGAGCAGUCGAAGCAGAACGCCGUGCCGCUGAUCAUCGAGAAGUGCGUCCAGUUCAUCGAGAGCGAAGGCGUCGAGUCCGAGGGCAUCUACCGAGUGCCCGGCAACCGUGCCCACGUCGAACUGCUCUUCCAAAAGCUCGAAGAAGAUCCAAACGUGGACAUGGCCUCGCUUGACAUUCCCGUCAACGCCGUGGCCACCGCCCUGAAGGACUUCUUCUCCAAACGACUGCCGCCAAUCUUCACAGACGAGGCCAUGGACGAGUUGGAGAACAUUUCAGUGGACAAGGCCAGGAGGGCCCUUGACUCACAUGUGAGAACGUCGGACAGGAGUAUGCGUCUCCUCCAGCUCAGAGAACUCCUCACUAAAAAACUGCCAGAUGAAAACUUCCAGGUGCUCAAAUUCAUAUUCCAGCAUUUUGUCAAGGUGGCCGAGAACUGCAAGCAGAACAGCAUGGACACGAAGAACCUGGCCAUCUGCUGGUGGCCGACGCUGCUGCCGUACGAGUUCAGCGACAUGGGCAAGUUCGAGCAGAUGCGGCCACACCUCGAGGACCUGGUGCAGACCAUGAUCGACCAGUUCCCCUUCCUCUUCUGCGGCAAGGAGGCCUUCGUCAUGGUCUAGUGUCUCUCAGUAGACUUUUGUGAUAAAAUGCAUAAACACACACACACGAACAAACACGUACACAAACGACACACAAUUAACUCGCGAAUACACACACACAUACACACACACACACACACACAAACACACUCGAUUUGUCAGUUCUAAGUCAUCAAUGUGGUCAAUGAAUGUGGCAGCGCGGCGCUUGCGCAGCCCCUCCCAGUCCUGUUUCUCUCGGACCUUCUUUCCUUGGAUCUGCCGCAGCCAACCGAGCCGAGCACCCUGUCUCUUUAUUGUCUACUGUACGCUGAAAGAAAGAAAGAAAGCAAGCAAGCAAGCGUGUGAUUCGUGUACUUAAGCCUCCUUGAUCGAUUCUCGUCCUCGGCGCCGCCACAAUGGAGCUGCUGCGCUCGCACAAGCCCCUCGUUUUGCAAUUUUCGCAACAAAGUGUGUGAUGCCAAAGAUUUUUUAAGAAAAAGACCGUCUUACACUACUCUCUCUCUCUCUGUAUCUAUUUGUGUUAUUCGCUUGUCGGCAGUGUUUUUGAUGCAUUUGUGCCAUAAAUAGUAGGGAUGUGCAAAGAAAUCGAUCAUUUGUUUUAGUUUUAAACGGUUUAGAGCAUAAACGAUGGUGAAAAACGCGGCCACGUGAAAGGGGCGUGCUUCCGGAAAACCGCGGGAAUUUUGAAUUGGAAGGCGUGACAUUACGAAAUGGGGCGUGGCUCCCUGGAAAACAACACAAAGGCUUGGAACGUUUCACAAACCGCGGGAAAUUCUUUGUAAGAAUUUGAAUCGAGUAUAUUUAGAAAAGAAGGCGUGGCAUGUGUCGCGCAGCGCGGGAAAUUCUUGAAUUUAACGCUUUUGCUGGUAUUUUGAAUUGGAAGGCGUGGCAUUUUAGGAAACCGUUGGAAAAUUAUAUUAAUUAACACGUAUUCCGAAAUGGGGGUGUGGCUUCCAGGUAAACCAAUCACAAAGGCUUGGAACGUUUCGAAAAACCCCGGAAAUCCUUUGUAAGAAUUUAAUUGGGGGCGUGGCACGUGUUUACAAAGCGCGGGAAAAUUUAAAAUGUAGACUUAUUCCGAGACUUGUGGCUCUAAUCCGUCAAUUUAAUAAUAACGAAUAAUCGAGUUUGCACAUCUCUAGCCAUACAGUAGCCAGAGCCCGGCCGACCCCACUUGCAUUUGUGAAUGUUAGCUCUCGGCGGCCGGUCGCGGUUAAUUUUUUAUUUAAUUAACCUUGUGACGCGCUGGCCGGCCGGUUUUAGUCAACCCUCUCGGCCGACGAGGAACUGGCGAAGAAACGUGCUCUUUAGUUUGCGGGCAUUCGAACUGAACCCCCGUGGGUAUUUUUAUAAUGCAGUAUUUUAAUUCGGCACAAAAGUGCAGCUCCAUUCUCGGCUGGCGUGCAUCACAUUAGAAUAACCGGAGGCGGGCGGGUGGUUCAGUGGGCCGCGAGCCCCAGUUUUUAGCGUACGUGUGUGUGUGUUUAGAGUGACUUUGUGCAGUGAGAGGAAUUUAGCAAGGGUGGCUCGAGGUGGCUGCGCGAAUUUGUAAAUUUUAGUCGUUCGGGAGGGAGGCGUCGGCUCUCUGCCCUGCUCCGCUCUGCUCUGCUCGUCUGUCUAGCACUAGCGCGUGGACAAGUUUGUCCUUUUUGCAGGCCCAGCUAUCUCUCUCUAUCUCUCUUUCUUGUAACCCCGAAUGUAUCGGCCAAUAAAACAAGCAACUGAUCAAUACUCGGUCAACAAUAAGUUAAUUAAAA